CAGAUGCCAGACUGGUCUAUAGAGAUUACCUUCUCUGUAUAUCUAGCUAGCUUUUGCAUCAAAUUGUGCAUUUAGGGCUCUGGUGGCAGGUGGAAGACAGUAACUCAGUUGCAGGUUAAUGGCUACUCUUCAGUAUGGAUUUAUUCACAUCAGAUGUUCAGACUUGUAGGCCUAUUUAUUAUGUGAACAUUUGAGAGUCUAGUUGCUGUAAUGUAGAACUGCUCUAUCAUAUUCAUCUUGGGCCUAUGCAAAAGCUUCAUCUUUUGCCAGUGUUGUUGAAGAUGUUUGCCCUGAAAGUCUUGUGUUGAGAAGAUGGAAUUAAAUGGCGUCGCUGCCAGUGGACCAUUCGGAGAUGGACGGGAAAGGUCGCAGAGUGACACUACUGAUAUUUCGCGUGUCUUCAGUAAUGACAGCAUAAACAGCGCCCUGAGUGCUGUUUCAGGGUUAAGUAGUGGUUCAUCUGUGAACAGUCAGGUUACAUGUGUAAAUACCGGUGUCAAAAAUGGUGCUCUGCCUAUGCUUGACCAAGGUCCAAAGUCAACUGAAUCAAAAUGUGAUGCCGAGCUUCCUAAAACUGACUUGGAAACAAAUAUUCCAGCUGUUGCUGUGUUAUCGCCAGCGAGGAGCAGGAAAACGUUUGUAGUGGAAAAAGUUGAUGAAGACAAACUGCGGGCCGACCAGGAUGAGUUGGAAAGCCCCAAGAAGGAUUUGCCCAUUGUUGCCUUGUUCAAGCCAGAAGCUAAGAGGGAUAGCAUUGAACACGCUGAUGUGAAGUCAGUUUCUUUACCUGAAGAAGAGCCUGAAGUAAAGCCAGCCCCAUUUGUAAAGAGAAAAGACAGUGUAUUUUCUGGUUUGAUUAAAGGUAAAAAGACAGCUGAUGGAAAUGAGAGCUCACCGAGGCCAAGUCGCAAGUUGUCGUUUUCUCAUCAUCGCAAAAACUGUGUUAAUAGAAGAGGUUCUAUUGAAACUGCAACGAACUUGUCAGUACCAGGACGGAAAAAGUCCAAGGAUGAGUCUCGAACACGUUCAGGGACUAUUGAGUCAGCGGAACAUGAAGAGGGACAGCGGGACCAAUUGUUAGAGCUUCCAAAGAUAAAGAAGAAUAAGAGAAAAAAAGAUGGAAAUCGACGAGUGUCUUAUAACGAUUUGGUAGUGAAGAUUCCGACGGAUGAUGAGUACGAAGACAAUGAUGACGUCUUUGUGGAGAAAACGCCGAACAGACAACGAGAAGGACCAGAAGACGAUAUGGAGGAGGACGUAGAGAAAAUCGAACUGGAUAAAAAAAGAAAAAAGAAACAGGAGAAACCUAUAAUCCCACGGCUGAAGAAAAGGCGCCCUCUUUUUCGUCCACAAGACCGCAGCAUCAAGGUCCUGUUGAUCGUCCUCUUUCUGCUGAUGGUAGGGGGUGUCACCUGUAUCUGGAUAUUCUACAAGAAACAGCUGUAUGAGGUCGAGAUUGGGAAAAAAAUCACAUUCAACCAUGACACAAGGACUUUAAUCGUACGGGAGUUUGGAUCGGUGAAUGUUUCUCUGGAAGGGGUCCUUGGUCUGAAUGUUCCGCAUGUUUUACCAUAUCUGUGCUCACAUGAGAACCACCAAACUGAGCUCUGCGUGCGCUGGCCAGGGCAUGCGGUUUUGAACAUCAAAUAUUGGGAUGCGACGGACAGCAUCGGGUGUUAUAAUAUAACGUGGGAGAUGUUGUCAGAUGCUUUUAUACCUCGGGAUUGUUUCAAGAUGGAUAAUGCUAACUGGUAUGGUGGGGGUUUGAUGAGUGAACAGCUAUGGCCAUUAGAGAAACAGGAACAUAAGGAAAUGCCUUACGUAACUGGGAACAUCCUGGACGGUGAAUAUGGGUCUGUGAUUCAGGCGUAUUGGUUGUCUUCCCAAGGCAUUUCAUUGGUUGUACCAACGAAUGUACCAUUAUGGGCGAGCCUAAAUGCGUCCAUUGCUGGUGAUGCAAGUGGCUUGUGUUUGUCUGCCACUUAUACUGGACCAUACCGCCAACUAAGUGAAACAGUAGGUUCUCACAUGGAGUACAGUCUUUGUAAGGGCACAGAUUUGAAAUCUGUUCAUACAUACAUGAUCUCUAAAGUAGUCGGGACGCUUAGCAAUGUACCUAAGGGUGACUUUUUCCGAUAUCCAGGAUGGUCAACAUGGGGCAAAUAUGGGAAGAAUAUUACUCAGGACAAGGUAUUCGCGCUGUAUCAAGAGAUUAAACAAAAUAACUUUCCUGCCAGUCAUCUUGAAAUCUAUGACAAGUGGGAACAGAAUUAUGGCGAUAUAGUAUUUGAUGAGAAGAAGUUUCCAAAUCCCCGCCAGUUGGUGACAGAACUUACUAAAGGUGGUGUAGAAAUCAUGGCUUGUGUUCAUCCUUUUGUUGAUACUCGUUCCGAGAUAUUUCAAGAGGGUGUGCGUGAGGGUUAUUUUGUUAUGAAUGAGGAUGAUAUUGUGCCCGGUUUGACAUAUUGGUGGAAUAGUGUUGGUGCCGUCGUUGACUUUACAAGUUCAAAGUCGAGUGCUUGGUUUAAAUCUCGUCUGCUUACCCUGCAGAAUCAGACGGGAAUUAAGUCAUUCCGCUUCGAUGCUGGUGAGGUCAGUUGGUUGCCGCACAAACCACAUUUCAGUAUACCGCAGAUCAACCCGCUAGAAUACUCUCGGAAAUACGUUGAAUUGGCGGAGUCAUUGGGUGGGAAAACAAUUGUAACAAGUAGCUUCCAUAAUCAGGACAUUCCAGUGAUCAUCCGAAUCCAUGAUAAAAGUCCCACAUGGGGAUACGACAAUGGUCUCAAGUCGAUCAUACCGACCGUGCUGACAUUGAACCUCAUCGGUUACCCGUAUCUCCAGUUACAAGUGGGGAGUGGUGGAGACACUCUUCAUCAUGAUGUCCAAAACUUCUCCUUUGUAGAUUUACUCCCAACACGAGAAUUAUACCUCCGCACCUUACAGAUUGCAAUAUUUCUUCCCUCUUUUCAAUUUUCUGUGCCUCCUUGGCAGUUUGAUCAGGAAAUGACAGACCUUGCCAAACAAUAUGUGAAAUUCCACGAAGAUUUUGUGAUGCCAAGAAUCCAGACUCUGUUUUCAAACUACACAAAGAAAGGUCUUCCAAUCCUCCGUCCACUUUGGUGGCUUGAGAACACUGAAGAGGCGAGGACAAUAGAUUCUGAAUUCCUAAUCGGUGAUACUGUACUUGUUGCCCCUAUGUUAGAGAAGGGUAAGUCAAAGAGGAAUAUCUACCUCCCAAGAGGAAACUGGCAGGAUCCUUUCAAGGGAAUGAUCAUAGAGGGUGGGAUCUGGCUGAAACAUUACUCAGUUCCAGACAAUGUGGUGCCAUAUUUUGUUCAUGAAUCUUAAUAGUGAUUUUAGGAAAAUUGCUGUGUGUCAAGUUUGUCUUCAAAAAUCUGGCUUUCAAAACUGCCUCAUCUAAAAAGAAAUUUCAGGUCCAGAUGAUUUGACCCACAGUUAUUUCUUUGCUGCUGGCUUGUGGCUCUCAACGAUUUCGUCCUGCCGGUAUAAGUCAACUACUCUUGUGAUAUUUUCCUGCAGGGUAACCUCUGACUGAAGAGUAAAUAAAUGUGAGUCAUUUCCAGGAACUCAGCUCUUUGGCUUUAGAUCAUUGUUCAAGAUUCAUCACUGGCAUGAUGAAAUCUUAAGUAGAUCAAUUAGCAGGGUGUUGAUCAAUCGAUGUGUAUUUUGCAUCUCGCAGAUACUCUUGUAUGCACUGUUUGCCUGCCAACACAGUUUUGUUUUCAUCAACAAUUCUUAACAACGGGCAAAUGCAUUUUUCUCUGUUUUCAAUGACAAGUGGAAAGUGACAUGUUUAUUGUGAAAACUUGAAACCAUUAUAAACCUGGCAUUAUAAGUGACAAUGUGAAUGCAGUUUCUCAUGGCUUAUACCAUCAAUAUGCCUGGAUGAUAGUGAUAGAUGAAAAUAGAACACGAGGAAGAGUGCAGGUGACAUGUGUCACCAUACUUUUUUUUUAGACCAGCCUUUGGCAUUCAUGUAUGCUGUGAUUUGCAAUCAUUUCUAAUGGCUUUAAUAUUUGUAUCAAAAAAAUAUCAUUUCUAUUCUUACUUUUUUGUGAGAGGAAGUAUGAUACUUGACAUUCAAAAUGUCUAGUACAUGAUUUUACUUUUGUGAAUAAAGGUUUUGUUAAAGAGAA